CCCUAUUACAUUAUGAAUUACUGAAAGAUUUACAAAUCUGGGUGACUACUGCAUGAUGUAUGCAAACAAGAGAUAUUUUGACACCGAGACUAAAGAAAAGGCUGAUUUAGCACUAUAAAAGCGCAUUUCUCAUUGCAACAUCGGAAGACAGAGCUCGACGAUGUAUCUUACGUACCUGCUAGUAUUGCUCCUUGGAGUGGUGGUUCUCACCACUCCCUCCCUAGGUACCUAUGAAUCACCAAACUAUGGGAAACCACCUACUCCUGUUUACGAACCUCCCGAGGUGAAGCCACCACCAAUUUACAAACCACCACCAGUAUACGAACCUAAGCCACCAAAGCCAGAACCCAAACCACCAGUAUAUGAACCAAAGCCACCAAAGCCACCAGUAUAUGAACCUAAGCCACCAAAGCCAGAACCCAAACCACCAGUAUAUGAACCAAAGCCACCAAAGCCAGAACCCAAACCACCAGUAUACGAACCUAAGCCACCAAAGCCACCGGUUUAUGAACCUAAGCCACCAAAGCCAGAACCCAAACCACCAAAGCCAGAACCCAAACCACCAGUAUACGAACCUAAGCCACCAAAGCCACCGGUUUAUGAACCUAAGCCACCAAAGCCACCAGUAUAUGAACCUAAGCCACCAAAGCCAGAACCCAAACCACCAGUAUACGAACCUAAGCCACCAAAGCCACCAAAGCCAGAACCCAAACCACCAGUAUACGAACCAAAGCCACCAAAGCCACCGGUUUAUGAACCUAAGCUACCAAAGCCAGAACCCAAACCACCAGUAUACGAACCUAAGCCACCAAAGCCACCGGUUUAUGAACCUAAGCCACCAAAGCCAGAACCCAAACCACCAGUAUACGAACCUAAGCCACCAAAGCCAGAACCCAAACCACCAGUAUAUGAACCAAAGCCACCAAAGCCACCAGUAUAUGAACCUAAGCCACCAAAGCCAGAACCCAAACCACCAGUAUAUGAACCAAAGCCACCAAAGCCAGAACCCAAACCACCAGUAUACGAACCUAAGCCACCAAAGCCAGAACCCAAACCACCGGUUUAUGAACCUAAGCCACCAAAGCCACCAGUUUAUGAACCUAAGCCACCAAAGCCAGAACCCAAACCACCAGUAUAUGAACCUAAGCCACCAAAGCCACCGGUUUAUGAACCUAAGCCACCAAAGCCACCAUUAUAUGAACCUAAGCCACCAAAGCCAGAACCCAAACCUAAGCCACCAAAGCCAGAACCCCAACCACCAGUAUACGAACCUAAGCCACCAAAGCCACCGGUUUUUGAACCUAAGCCACCAAUGCCACCAGUAUAUGAACCUCCCAAGAAACCACCAGUAUAUGAGCCACCUUAUGGUCACUAUCCAGGACACCCUCCAUCGGAGAAGCCUUAACAGAAAGUCCCCAUUAGCUAGCCAACCAAACAACUGAGCUGCUAUGGCUAUAUAGAUAGAUCAGUACCUAUAAAUAAGAGCUGCUGCCAACUCGUGCUGUUUUCUUUUAUUCCAUGUAAUGUUUUCAUUUAUGUCAUGUUUGAUGAGAGACACUAGCGAGAAUGUUGCUCAUGUCUGUACUCUUUGAAAUGUCUAUUCUGUAUCUUCUUGUUGCUCCAUAAGCAUAUCCUCAUUCAACUUAAAUGCAAUUGCCAACUGCAGGAGUAUUUAUCACAGAUUUUUCUUGUAUUCUCAUGCAUGUGCCUUUAAUUUUGGCCAUCCAAAACAGCUUCAGAAUUCAACUUUUCUUAUGUUUCAAUGCAUGCGCGCAGAAAAUAGUGGCAGAUAGACCAAGAUAGCAAAUAAAUUUGAGACAAUGGUGAAAGUUGCAAUGGCCAAUCUUCUAGAGUGACCGGAUAUGUUAACAAAAAUGCUAACAUUUGUCAUGCUUGUGAACUAAAAACGGAAAAAAGGCAUCAGCAUAA